AUGACCAAAUCAAAAAAACCAAAAGUGGCAAGCUCCAAGGAGCCGGUUUCUGCCUUGAGAAAGGUUGUCCCUCAUUCUGCAGUGAUAAACAAAAAGAGAGACCCCCGAUUUGAUACGGAAAGUGGCGCAUUCAAUGAAGAUCUUUUCAAAAAAUCCUACCCAUGGCUCAAGGAUAUGCAUGCACAGGAAAAGGCACAUUUAAAAAAGCAGAUUGACACAACAAAAAAUCCCGAGCUAAAGGGAAGCCUGAAAAAUCGGCUUACCUCAUUGGAAUCAAGAGACCAGCAUAUAAAAAAGAAAGAGGAGGAAAAGAACCUGCUUAGAAACAUCAGAAAGGAGGAACGAGAAUUGGUUGCACAAGGAAAACGUCCUUUCUAUUUAAAAAAGUCAGAUAAGCAAAAGCUGCUCCUGGUGAGCAAGUAUAAAAAGGCCGUUGCAGAUGGCGCAAAUAUACAGGACAUUUUAGAGCGGAGACGUCGACACACAGCUUCACGGCAACACAAAAAGUUGCCGAGGAGAAAGCAGGCUCCUCAAGAACAAUAA